AUGCGUUCUAGGGGGAGCGGGACCAUCGAGGGCGAGAUGAUCGUGGAGGCAUGCAAGAUGUUCCAGGCCGUGGAGCACAAAGAGUUCAUGUUGCUUCCAUGUUGGCGGGAGUUGAGGCAUCAUCCGAAGUGGCAGUCAGAGUCCUCACGGAAGAAGCAGAAGACGUCCGGCGCUGCCAGCCCUGCCAGCCUCGCAUCCACACAGAACGUGCAGUCAUCGCCCAGAGAGAUAUUUGACCGACAGUUCUCCUUGAAAGAAAGGAUCGAGAAGGAUAGGGCGGAGAGGUUCACUGAGAUGAUGAAUAUCGAGCGCCAACAGCUACGGCUGGAGGAGGAGCGAAUGCAACUGGAGAAGGUAAAGGAGGAGAUGGUCAUAAUAAACAUGGAUCUUUCACAAAUGGAUGACGAGCAGAAAGAAUACUACAAAAGCCUCCGGUAG